GACCAAGUAAUAAAUAAUAAUAAUGUUGUGCAUAACUGCAAAGGUGGACCACGGUCCUCAAGGGUUCCUCCUGCUCCCACAGAGUGAUCCUCAUACUCUGCCUUCCUUGUCAGAGACAAAGACAUUCACAGUGGAGGAUGCAGUGGAGACCAUCGGCUUCGGGCGCUUCCACAUUGCACUCUUCCUGAUCAUGGGCAGCACUGGGGUUGUGGAGGCCAUGGAGAUCAUGUUAAUAGCAGUUGUGUCUCCUGUUAUCCGCUGUGAAUGGCAGCUGGAGAACUGGCAGGUGGCAUUUGUCACCACGAUGGUGUUUUUUGGCUACAUGGUAUCCAGCAUCCUCUUUGGUCUCCUGGCUGACAGAUAUGGCCGCUGGAAGAUUUUGCUGCUCUCUUUCCUGUGGGGAGCCUACUUCUCCUUACUGACCUCUUUCUCCCCCUCCUACGUCUGGUUUGUCUUUCUGCGGACGAUGGUAGGCUGUGGAGUAUCUGGCCAUGCACAAGGGUUAAUCAUAAAGACUGAGUUUUUGCCCACAAAAUACCGAGGCUACAUGCUGCCUUUGUCUCAGGUUUUCUGGCUUGCUGGCUCCCUGCUCAUCAUCAGCAUGGCCUCUGUGGUCAUCCCCACCAUUGGGUGGCGUUGGCUCAUCCGCAUUGCCUCCAUCCCUGGAAUCAUCCUCAUCAUGGCUUUCAAGUUUAUCCCUGAAUCUGCUCGCUUCAAUGUCUCCACUGGGAACACGCAGGCUGCACUGAACACCCUGGAGAGCAUUGCCAAGAUGAACCGCUCAGUCAUGCCAGAAGGACGGCUGGUGGAGCCCAUCCUGGAGAAAAGAGGAAGAUUUGCAGAUCUACUAGAUUCUAAAUACCUUCGGACCACAUUACAGAUCUGGAUCAUAUGGCUGGGGAUUUCUUUUGCCUAUUAUGGGGUUAUCCUGGCCAGCGCUGAGUUGCUCGAGCGGGAUCUGGUCUGCGGUUCGAAGUCAGAGUCAGAACCAGAGGUGGUGGAGACCACAGGGGACUCAGAGGAGGGUCUGAGUCCCUGCUACUGCCACAUGUUUGCGCCCUCUGACUACAGGACCAUGAUCAUCAGCACGCUCGGGGAAAUCGCUUUGAACCCUUUAAAUAUCCUGGGCAUCAACUUCCUGGGCAGACGACUUAGCCUGUCCAUCACCAUGGGCUGCACGGCUCUGUUUUUCCUUCUCCUCAAUAUCUGCACUUCAAGUGCCGGCCUCAUUGGCUUCCUCUUCAUGCUGAGGGCCCUGGUGGCAGCGAACUUCAACACCAUCUACAUUUACACUGCUGAGGUCUACCCAACCCCGAUGCGCGCUCUAGGGAUGGGAACCAGUGGCUCCCUAUGCCGCAUUGGAGCUAUGGUAGCUCCAUUUAUAUCCCAGGUCUUAAUGAGUGCCUCAUUCUUGGGAGCCCUGUGUCUGUUCUCAUCUGUCUGUGUUGUGUGCGCCAUUUCUGCAUUUACUCUUCCCAUUGAGACCAAAGGACGUGCUCUGCAGCAAAUUAAAUGAGGACCUGCAAUACUAUGUGGAGAAAAGUAUAUUUGAUCUUCACUAAGUUAUUAUUUUUUAAAUGGGUUUAUUUCUGCACAUGGUAAUUAAGAAAGCAAGUAUACAUUAAGGCAACCAAGGCACACAGAAAGAAUGCAAUGGGGCUCUUCCUCAGGAAACAAUCUAUGAAUGCCUCUUCUAGGGUAGACUUAGCCACAUUGUAGUUCAUGCCUGAAAUCCCAGCAUAUACAGGUUGAGGGGGCAGGAUGAUCAGGAGUUCAAGGUCAUCCUCAGCUGAAAAGUAAGUUUGAGGCCAGCCUGGGCUGCAUGAGAUCCUGUCUACAAACAAACAACAUCCUACCCCAACACCUUUUACCCCUCAAACAAGCCAACAAACCCUGAGACUGAAUACCAGGGGAUGGUGAGGGUGGACGAUAUGCUUCUCACUUGGUAUCAGCCUUAGACAAACACUUGGUAUUGCCCCAUACGGUCUGUGGCUGAAGGACAGAGAUUCUGUAGCUAAGGCAAGAAACUAGACGGAUCAUCACUGAAUUUAAAUUAGGGCCUUGGUAGUUUACAAAAGAACCACUUUAUUCUGUACAUGGCUAGCGAGAAGCUGGGAAUAAAGUUGAUUUUCUCCAUACGCCAUUACUCUUUUAAUCACAGGAGGGCAUUUCUCUUCCCAUGAUGCACGCGCAGCUCUCCUAUAACUCGCAUAACUUACAUACUGUUUGUGGACAAGGCGCUAUAUGGGGCUUUGGUUAGGCACGCUCUACUAGGAAAGACAUGCUGUGGAAAGAAACCAUCUAAAGCAUCUGCUUUAGAUAGGUUUCUGAUUUUGAUUUUUGCUCUUCAGGCUUAUUAUGCAGGGCCACUAUGGUUUCAGAGCGUCAGGCUGGCCGAGGAUCCCCCUACCCUCCUUUAUCAGUGGAAAAAGACUGCAGCUGCAACCACAAUGAAAUGCUGUGUUAGCAAACUGCACACGAGAGGCUAUGCAUGGCUUGAAGUCAGUUUCUUACAAUAAAGGUGCAGUUAUUAACACAUUAGUAAAAGUUAGUGCCCAAGGCACCUAGUGGAAACCAAGCAACUCA